AUGGAGAACAUCAAGAAGGCUGGGGUGUUUAAUGUCUACUUUGCUUCAAUUGUCACUAGAAAGAAUAUUUAUCAAGAUUUACAGAUGCCUCCCUUUGAUGUAUUGAAAAGUGUUUCAGUUUGUAUUGAUUUUAUGGUCUCACUGUGUCUCAUAGAGGAAACAAUUACCAAGAAGCCUUCACCGGCUACCAAAAGGCCAGUGUUUGAUGAUCAUCCAAAACCUCACCCACGUCCUCCUCACAAGCCGCAGCCGGGAAGCUAUGGCAAUGACGACCGCUUCAGUGACUUAGAUCUCAAUGAUGGGAAACCUCUACCCCCAAGGCCCGCAGGAGAAAAGGAGAGUAAUGUCAAUCAUGGUGGAAACACUGAUUCUGGAGUAAUUGCUGGAGUUACGUCACCUGUGAUUUCUGUGCUUGUGCUGUUAGUUGUUGGAACAGUAGCUGGUUACACAGCUUACAAGAAGAAGCAACUCUGUUUUAAAGCUAAUGGUGAUGAGAAAAAAGGAACUUCCGCCUAUGUGUUGUAUUGA